AUGUGUUUAGGAUUUAGUGUGUGUGUUUUUGUCGGUUUUUCUUCCAAGUGCAUUUCAAUCUGGUUAAUACCGGAAUUCUUAUCCAUAUCGCUCUAUCCAUGGCAGAUUUUGCUCCCUACGAUUGUAUUGUUGCUAUUAGUAGCUGUAAGGACAAAAGAGGAUACACAAAUUCAUCUUGCUCAACCGCACAUUCAAAAAGAUAUGUUUGUGGAAGUGGGCAAAGACAUAUCACCCAACUUUCAACUAGUUUUGCAAUCGUUGUUGGAAAAGGGAGAGUAUUUAGCUUUUGCGCCAGAUACUGAUGAGACGAAGCUGUUGAUAGACGUAGUGUCAAUAAAGUUUCCACUCUUGAAGUAUGUUAAUAGAAUAUACAAAGAUGAGGUAGAGUUGGAAACCUACAUCCGCUCUGAUGCUUAUGGCACCUGCAAUCAAGCAAGGAAUUGUUCAACUCCAAAAAUUAAAGGAGCAAUCGUGUUUUAUGAACAAGGCCCUCAAUCAUUUGAUUACAGCAUACGCCUCAAUCAUACAUGGGCUUUCUCUGGUUUUCCUGAUGUUACAACAAUAAUGGAUACCAAUGGUCCUUUUCUUAAUGACUUGGAACUUGGUGUUAGUGCUAUACCGACAAUGCAAUACAGCAUCAGUGGGUUUUUGACUCUCCAGCAAAUGGUUGAUUCGUUCAUAAUAUUAACAGCGCAGCAGUCUGACUUAAAUCUGAAUGCUGAAAGUCUGGAACUUCCUCUUCCAGGCUUCAAUAACUCUAAUUUCUCUAUGAAAAAUCCAUGGACUCAGUUUAACCCUGCUCACAUACGAAUUGUUCCAUUUCCCACGCGAGAGUAUACUGAUGACCAGUUUCAGUCAAUCAUAAAGAAAGUAAUGGGAAUAUUGUACUUAUUGGGGUUUCUCUAUCCAAUUUCUCGCCUAAUCAGUUAUUCUGUGUUCGAAAAGGAACAGAAGAUUAAAGAAGGACUAUAUAUGAUGGGCCUAAAAGAUGGUAUAUUUCAUCUUUCUUGGUUUAUCACAUAUGCAUUGCAGGUAAAUCGAUUCUUUUUCCAUAGGACUUUCUUUUCUUUUGCAAUGUUUACAAUCUUGCUCAUUAUCGGGAUUAAUGAAUUGGGCUUUCCAAUUCAAGAAUGAAACUUGAAAUCUACUCUACCCUAAUGCAUUGUUUGGUUUUAAAGGAGGGGAAGAAAUGGGAGGACACCUUGUUGAGUUCACAAAGGGAGGGGAGGGAAAUAGAAUGUUGAACUUUUAUAAACUUAAAAUAGAUAAAUAAAGCCAUUACUUAAGGAUAGUUAAUUAGUAUAAAAAUUUCUCUACCCCUCAAAUUCUCCCAAUUUUUCUGCGCAUGAAGGGGUGGGAGGUGGAGGAGCCAAAAUUGUGUGGAGGCAUUCUGGUCCCAUCCCCUUCAAUUUUUUUUCAAGCAAUUAUUAUAUUCAAUUUACCACCUUUUUUUUUUUUUUAAUUCCACAAGUGCUUGUUGCGAAGUUUAUCCAACUUAGAUAUUGUCAACUCACAAAAAAACAAAGGAAUAGUGUAUGGAAAGAUAUUGACAAUUUGCUAAAUAAGUGCUGGGGAGCUUUCCGUGAUUAUGUCAUCAACAUAAACUUGUAAGUUUACAAUACUAUACUUGAUUGCUUGCCGAGCACAAAUAAACAUCCGUUGCAUUAAUCUAUAAAUCCAAACAGAGGAGUAGUCCUGAACUUUUCAAACAAGCUCCAGGGGCUUGUUUUAAACCACAGAUAACUCCAGGGACUGUGAGAAUUAGACUCUUUGGAAGGCCUUGGUAAAGUAAGCCAAAGAUUAGAAAACAAAACAGUUUUUAGCAUUAAAUUACAAAUAGACAUGAUUAUCAUGAAUGCACUUUCUUUACGCCAAUGAGAUUUUUUAUUGUGAAGAAAAAAGUUGGAUAGUAUACGGUGACUGGAUAUUAGAUGAACUAGUGAUAGAGAUGGUCAGAGCUUACCCAUGACCAAUGAAGAUUUGGUCAGGUCCUUGUAAUGGUGAAGAUUGCUGUAUAUUUUGUGAAUUAUUUUUUACAUGAUAUUACGAUAUAUUAGAGUAAAGAAUAUAAAAGGUUUUCUUUUCCCUUUUCAUGUGUUUUUGUUGCUAGUUUCCCUCUUUAGUUUGUUAUUUCCAGCUGACCUUUUUGGUGAAUCUGUUUUUGGGUUUUUCAUUCUUUUUGCUGUCAAGGCUAGCUACUAUAAAUGCUCCUUUGCAUUCAGCUUUAAACAUCAUAUAAAUAAUAAAAUAUUAUAUCAGUUUCUCUUUUCUCUAAGAUGCUAUAUGGAGGCUUCCAUUGUAGUUCUGAUCUUUAAUAUCUUUUAUUGUACAUGGUUGCCACUACUCCCAAUGCUUCCUCUCUUUAGUUUCCCUCUUCCCUUGCUGAGCUCAUUAUUAAAUCGCAUCGCCUUCAGUGAUUCAUUGUUAAUUCUACUAUUCCUCUGUGUAUGUCUUUGAUCGAGAUCACGAUGUUGAUUGUGUAAGUCCUCCAUAUGAAGCUUGGGAAGUUCAGGAUCAAAGGUUUCUUACUUGGCUUCAGCCAACGUUAUUGAAGUCAAGUCUCUCUUUCAUUGUUGGUUCGAUACACUUUUAUAAGGUUUGGCACAUGAUUCAUGAGUACCUUCAACUUCAGAAGAAAGCAUGUGCUCAUCGUUAGGGUCAAGGCAAGCGGGCUAGCCUGCCAACCUAGCCAAAAAAGGUGGGUCGGGACGGUGUUUUCAACACAGUAGCCCGA